AUGGAUGUGUUCAGAGCACCUGAAAAUGAGUCUCUGCAGUCUGGUCCCACUGAAAGCUCCACACCCUGGGAUUCCUUCCACCAUCCACUAGAAUUCAUCCAACCCUGGAACUUCCAGCUUCUGGCUGCAUUAAUGUUUUUGGUGACAUCUCUGUCACUCGCUGAGAAUUUUGCUGUCAUACUGGUGACUUUUAAGUUCAAGCAGUUGAGACAACCUGUCAAUUAUGUUAUAGUAAACCUGGCUAUUGCUGAUUUUCUGGUCUCAUUGAUUGGUGGCACGAUCAGCUUUUUUACCAAUAUAAAAGGCUAUUUUUAUAUGGGACAUUGGGCUUGUGUACUGGAAGGAUUUGCCAUCACAUUCUUUGGAAUUGUUGGUCUCUGGUCUCUUGCUCUGCUGGCUUUUGAGCGGUACAUUGUGAUCUGUCGUCCAUUGGGAAAUAUGCGCCUGAGGGGAAAGCAUGCAGCCCUGGGCAUUACCUUUGUGUGGCUCUUCUCCUUCAUCUGGACCAUUCCUCCUACCAUGGGCUGGAGCAGCUACACCACCAGCAAAAUUGGAACUACCUGUGAACCCAACUGGUAUUCAGGAGCCUAUAAUGAUCAUACCUACAUUAUUACAUUCUUCACCACCUGUUUCAUACUACCAUUACUUGUGAUUUUGAUAUCCUACGGAAAACUGAUGAGGAAACUAAGAAAGGUGUCAGAUACUCAAGGCCGACUGGGGACAACAAGGAAACCGGAAAGACAAGUCACUCGCAUGGUUAUUAUUAUGAUCCUUGCAUUUCUAAUUUGCUGGUCUCCAUAUGCAGCCUUUUCCAUUCUUGUCACUGCAUGUCCUUCCAUUGAGCUGGAUCCUCGUCUGGCCGCAAUCCCAGCUUUCUUUUCCAAAACAGCUACAGUUUAUAAUCCGAUUAUUUAUGUCUUUAUGAACAAGCAGUUCAGAAGGUGUCUCAUUCAGCUGUUCAGAUGCAGUGAUCAAGAGACUGUAGAGUCCAAUAUGAACCCAACUUUGGAUAGAGUGGUGCUUACCCAAGACAAAGGUGGUGGUGAAGUGUCCACAAUCGCAGCACAUAUCAUGCUUUCAAACAGGAGAAACGAGGAAGAACAGAGGAGCUGCCGUUCUUUUGCUCAGUUGUCAGUUUCAGAAAACAAAGUCUGUCCGAUAUAAGCAGAACUGGUUUCAAGAUAUGAAAUGCAACACUAUAGAAUGUUCCCUUGUUAUCAGCUGUUCAUGCAAAGACUGUUGGGACCCACAGCCUAGCAGAAAUGUACCUCUGGGGUUGCUGAGUCACAGAAAAACCAAAGGCCACAAAACUUGGCAUCUGUAGAGUGUUCCAUGUAUUCAGAGGGUGAGGAAUCAGCAUUCUAAGUCACAGCAGAAUAUCCCUUUCUGAUUCUAUCCCUUUCUCAGUACAUCCACCCUCCUUGCUCCUGGGAAUGACUUCAGAAGACUCCAGUGAACAUAUUCUGGGAUUUGACAUGCUAAUGGGGAAGCAAGUUCUCAUUCAACUGAUUAAAUAUCGUGAACUGGAAAAAACCCAGAGGCUCUCAUAGCUCAAAAUUCAUAACGAUAAAUAAAUAAUACUUAGCACUCAGUUAACUUGAACUCAACCAGGUAGAAGUAGGGAGGGAUUAUGAGGUCUAUGAGGUCUGAUGACUUUAAAAACCAAAAAGAAUGCAGAGUAUUCUCUUGCCCCAUGUUGAUUUAUGAUCUGUGGUAGGGUUCCUUUCCCAAAUCACCACACUAUGGCAAUCAAGAGAUGUUUCUAGGGUCCCAGACCUAGUUUCAUUAAUACAAACCCAGUCAAGAAAACUUCCAAGAGCCCUUCAUGUCCCUUCUUUCCUCCCUAUCCUUGCCACACAAGAAAAUCCUAGAGCUCCUUGAAGUGGAUUUAUAGCAGCUGACAAUGAUGGUAGUGGGAAUAGAGAAUAAAGCUAGGAUGUUGUGCAGCAUGGAAAGAGUCACACUCCAAUGCUGUGCAAGUGACAUUUCUGGGUAGGAGAAGAUCUGUAACUGCCUGACCUUCCCCUAUAGAAAUCUGCCUGAUGUAGAACUAGGAUCCAUUACCAUGCAGAGAUCACAUAGCUCAAGAGACUGUUUCUAUUUAAUGCUCUUUGGGUUUCUUAGUAAAUGUCAUUUGUAAAAGUCAGCUCCUGGAGGAGAUUCUGGUUAAAAAGCUCAGCUCCAACACCACUUUAGAGAGGCUCUUUGUGUCUCUAUGCCCAAAAUGAGUUCUUCCUCUUAUUUCACAUGAGUCAUGAUGUGUCUCUCAAUGCAGCACGGUGUAGAUGGUGCUUGGUCCUGCCAUGAGUGCAGGAGGUUGGACUUGAUGAUCUCUUGAGGUUCCUUCCAGUCCUAUGAUUAAUGCUGGUGGCAAUCAGCUGAGAGUUGCACCAUCUUUACUAAUCAGCCUCUGAUCAGCUGCUAAGUCUACAUCUCCUCUGACUUUGGAUUCCACAUCUUUUUACAUUAGCAUUGUGCUCGUGGGCCAAACACUUCAAACUAUUACCUUAUCCAAGCUUGGAUGUCAGGAGCAUGGAGUUCAAUGUAAAUACAAUUUCCAUAAACAAUGCAAACAAAACUUGUCAGCUUUGAUUCAUUAUGCAUGUUGAAUACUUUACAUUAUUUACCAAUAAUGCAGCAAUAAAAUCUGCUUCUCCUGAAUGGUAUACACUAUCAUCCCCUCCGAUCAGGCUAGCAUUUGAAUGCAAUAUGUAAUUUCAUGUUUAUGUACUCUUUGGUGUACAUCAAAUGAAAUAUGACUAAGGAUCAGGCACAGCAGAUUUGAAAUCCUAUAGUUGUGUUUUCAUAACUGUGUGGAACUGAAAGGAUGUCAAAUCAAGAGACAGUGGUUGGCAGAGUCCAUAGCAGUAAGGUGUUGUUAGGCAAUAUGUCCUUGAAGUGGAACACCAUUUUUUCUUGACCGCAAGCAUUUGUAAAACACCAAUAAAAUAUAGUAAUCAUGUCUAUACUGAAACACUGCAGCCACAUUAGCCUUAUUCUGUACUAACCAUAGCAAUGCCAAAGUGAUAACAAAACUAGUUACCAAAACCCAGAGUUUUCAUUUCAAUGUUG